AGUUGAACAAUUGCUUUUCAUCACCUGAUAAUAAUAACAGUAAUGAUAAUACUGAAAUUGAUUAUGAAAUAAUUCAAAUUAAUGAAAAUAAUUGUACUCAAGCUGAAUCCAACAAAAUGGUUCCAGCUUUCAUACAACAAAAAUUUUUACAAAUAAUUGCAAGUUCAAAUGAUGAAGUUAAUGAACAAAGUAAAAAAAUUAAUUCUUCUAAAAGAGUAUUAGAUUUAGAAAUUGCUAGUGGUCUACAACCAAGAAUAACCAGUCAAUUUCAAAAAUAUAACAUAAGCCAAGGACAAUCAAAAAAUAUGAUUGAAAAAGAUCCAGGAUGUAUGUCAACUAAUUUGUAUAACUUAGUAAAUGAUAGGAAUUUUUGGGCAAAUGUUGAAUGCCUUACAUAUGUAUCAUCACCUGCAAAAAAGGCUGUUAAAUGUAUAGAAUCUGCAAACUCCACUUUGGCAGAUUUUUUUUUAAUCCUCAUUCAAAUGGCUGCUACAAUAAAACAGUUGCCAAUAAGUGACUCUACAGAACAUAAAGAAUUAACAUCUGAACAAAUUGAAGCACAAGUAGUUAAUGCAACAUAUCAUCUUACUAAUUCAAAUGAAAUUGAAGAAGAUGUCCCGUUUGCUUCCUUAUCAGAUGAUGGAGAUGAUGAAUUACCUCAAGAUUCUAGAACAUUUGUAAGUGAAGAAGAAUUAAGACAUGUAUUGCAAUUGGAAACAUAUGUAAUUAUUUCUAAUCAAGUAUUUGUUAGCAAUUUGGUAAAUAUUCAAGAUGAUGAUAGUAAUAAUAAUAAUAAUGAUGAUUAUGUUGAAAAUUAUAUUGGGGAUACAGAUUAUAAUGUUAAUAUAUUAGUGGAUGAUAUUUUAAAUAAUGAAAUUGAUUAA